UUCUGCUUCAAAAACCGUGCCUAUCUCUCUUCUUCUCCUCAGAAGAAUUUGCAGAGGGGCAGCCACGUUCUUUCCUUUGGUCUUCCUCAAAACCCGAUUUUUUUUACCUUCUUAAAGUCAAAAUUCUAAUUUUCUUCACUUUGGGGAUUCCUUGAUUUUCAAAUGAGAAAGUUGAAUCAGAUCCAUGGAAGCUAAUUACAUCAAAUUAUCCCAAAAGAAUCCUUCUUUUCCACACAAGAAAAAAAAAAAACCUGUAAUUCCCCAAACUCCAUCUAGAUCCGCCUUCCUAUAAUCCCAAUUUCCUUCCCUUUUUCAGAAUCCACUUUUUUCCUCAAAAUAAAGAUACGCAGGUCUUCAAAACCCCCCAAAAAACCAUGAAAAAUAAAUCCAAAUUAUUCACGAUCGGGCUUGUAACAUCCUGGUACUCGUCCAACAUUGGUGUCUUGUUGUUAAACAAAUAUUUACUAAGCAAUUAUGGUUUCAAAUACCCAAUCUUCUUAACCAUGUGUCACAUGACAGCUUGCUCUUUGUUAAGCUACAUCGCUAUUGCAUGGAUGAAGAUGGUUCCUAUGCAGACCAUUCGAUCUAGGGUUCAGUUUUUCAAGAUCUCGGCUUUGAGUUUGGUCUUUUGUGUGUCGGUGGUGUUUGGGAAUAUUUCUUUGAGGUUCCUACCGGUUAGUUUUAAUCAGGCUAUUGGGGCUACGACGCCGUUUUUUACUGCUGUUUUCGCUUACUUUAUGACAUUGAAGAGGGAGGCUUGGCUUACUUAUCUUACCCUUGUUCCUGUUGUUACUGGGGUUAUCAUUGCCAGUGGGGGUGAACCAAGUUUCCAUCUAUUUGGUUUUAUCAUGUGCAUUGCAGCUACAGCUGCAAGAGCUCUCAAGUCAGUUUUACAAGGAAUUUUGCUCUCUUCUGAAGGAGAGAAGCUGAAUUCCAUGAACCUCCUUCUCUAUAUGGCUCCAAUAGCUGUUGUAUUUCUACUUCCUGCAACACUCAUUAUGGAAGAAAAUGUAGUUGGUGUUACCCUUGCCCUCGCCAGAGAUGACAUCAAGAUUAUUUGGUAUCUACUAUUCAAUUCAGCACUAGCAUAUUUUGUGAAUUUGACCAACUUUUUGGUCACGAAACACACCAGCGCCCUGACUUUGCAGGUUCUAGGAAACGCGAAAGGAGCUGUAGCUGUGGUGGUUUCAAUUUUAAUUUUUAGAAACCCAGUCUCCAUUACCGGAAUGCUUGGUUAUACACUCACAGUCUUUGGGGUUAUACUCUACAGUGAAGCCAAGAAAAGAAGUAAAUGAUACAUCACCCUGGGAAACAAUAUGUGUGUGAUCUUCUUUUAUUUUGUUUCCUUUAUCGGGAGGACAGCAACAAUGUUCAAAGAGGCAAGUUUGGGCCAUGUGGUAGCAUAUGAUGCUACGGUUUUUGUGCCCUAGGUUCUUAUUUUUUUCCUUGGAAGCCUAGGAACUUGUUUUCCUUUUGUAUCGGCAACGGCUGCAGGAUUAGUCAAGAAUUAGGAAACUCCAAUAAGUGACUGAUUGGUCUCUAUCAUUCACUGCUUACGGUUGCAGAGGGAUUUCAUUUUAUGUUUUUUAUUCUUUCAGGAAAAGGUUGUAGAAUUGGUCUUUUCACAGUUGAUCUGUUAUUAACAUUUCUAAUAUUGAUUAAUUAAUGG